CCCCUUGCUGUUAGGAAUUGUGGGAGUUGAAGUCCAAAACAACCGGAGGGCAGAAGUUUGCCUAUGACUGCUGUAAAGUAAACAAAUGCAACUUGGCAGCACUUUUAAUUGUCAUGACUCAAUGCUACAAAAUCCUGGGAGUUUCAGAAAGUCUUCGGGCUGGUGACUCCCUCCCUGAAGCCCAGGUACCUGGAGCAACCAAUCCCUCAGCCCUCCCGGGAGCGCUCGGAGAGCUCCUUCAACCCCUUCCCGAACCCCCCACCCACCCCAAGUCCUUGAACAACACAGAAGUUCUGUAGAAGACUCAUCUUGGAGAGGACCACAGGCAGGCUGGUCUUGGGGAAAAGCCUCCUCAAUGUUCAGGAAAAGACCUUACCGCCUCUUUGACCAGGCAUUUCUGCAAUCCCAGGACAAAUCAAUGGCUUCCCAAAUACACCAGAACUACCAGGCAGAGUAUGAACCUGCUGUGAGCAGACUCAUUAACUUGGAACACGAUGCUAGCUCUGCGUACUUGUCUAUGUCCUAUCACUUUGACAUCGGAGCAAAUGCGAUUCUCCUCCUCGGCGCCCGAGUUAAUGAGCAUCCUUUUGUGCCACAGGUUCUCCAAAAUGAAAAAUCACAAGGAUUGUUUUGGCGGGUAAUUUAUGCCCCCGAACAAAACACCAAAUAACUCCAACUGGGAUUAGAAACUCCCCAGCGAAGGAGGUGAUGAAUAAGUAAUGUCUGGAAGGGGAGCCGGGAAAGAGAGGGAAGCGUAGAACGGCUCUAGGCCUCUGCGAACACUGCUUUCUGGUCCCAGAGGCGAUACCAGUACUGCUCUUGAUGCCAGAAUUACUUUCAAUUAGAUGAGAAACAAAAACCUGUGCCUUUCCAAACAAGAGAUGAGCUGCAACCUGUGACUGGCCAAGGUAGAAUUGCCAUGUGAAAACUGAACAAGGCUCCUACCCUUUGUGGGACAUGCAUGGAGGAGGGCCUGUCAACAAAGGAUAGUUGGUAAUGCAAGCUCCAGCCCUUGAAAUCCUGUCAUUGGCACAAAGUACAUGAACACCAUCCUGUUAAUGGAGCAGCUCUUGAAUAUUUUAUUUAAAAACCCUAAAAAUCCCUUACCUAGAUGACUCUUACUCAAAAAUCUUGUUUUUCCAUGAAAGUGUUGAUAGGACAUGUUCUGCCUGACAUUUGCUCUUUGCUCACAAUAUAAGGUCAUGCAAACUGCAGUAAUGAUUUGGCUGCUGGAUGAUGCAUAUGUAGGAUGAAGUAUGAACAUGUCACCUGAGGAUAGUGCAUACGUGGAGCAAACUAUGGACACUUCACCUGAUGUGAUGAGUAAUGAGUUAUAUAAGUUACAAGGCAACUACGCAUGUCCAAAAGGAUAAUAAUAGUCAGCAAAUUCCAUUGUCAGUUAGCUUUCUGCGCAUGCUUCCGUAAAAUUGUAUAUAUUGGGAAACCACUAUAGGCAAGGGGUGGCAUUGCAUUUUCUGGGCAUUAGCUAACAUUGUCACCUACUCUUGGCCAAAAGUAAACUAUCUGGAAGACAA